AUUCUGCCUUUUCCUGCAUCUGUCUCUCUUAAAUGCAGCGGGUCUUGAGUCUCAGCUCACUCUGUUGUCUCACUGGAUUACCCUCAUUGCAAGCAGAAUUCCACAAGGUUGUUCUGUAAAGAAUGAUGCAUGAAAUCCCCCUUCUCCUUGUGUACCUUGCCUUGACAUCAUUCCCUGUGGAGUGUUAUAACGGCCUACUCUGUGAAGAUAUAGAGCAAAGCAACAAUGAUGUUCUGAAGACAGUUCUUGGCAGACUUAGUGUUAUAGGACACAGCUGUAAGGAUAUUCUGGACAAAUACGAUAUCCACGAGGAUGGCCUGUAUUACCUCAUCACGACCAGUGGGGUGGUGUACCAGACCUUCUGUGACAUGACCACAGCAGGCGGUGGCUGGACCCUGGUGGCCAGUGUGCAUGAGAACAACAUCUAUGGGAAGUGCACUGUAGGGGACCGCUGGUCAAGUGAGCAGGGGAACAACCCUAAGCGGCCGGAUGGAGAGGGGAUGUGGAGCAACACGGUGACCUUUGGAACUCCCGAGGGCGCGACCAGUGAUGACUAUAAGAAUCCUGGUUACUAUGACAUUACAGCGAAGGAUGUGUCAGUGUGGCAUGUUCCCAAUACAAGUCUGCUGAAACACUCAAAGGCCGCUGCCAUCCUGCGUUACCACACAGAGACACAUUUUCUCCAACUCCACGGAAGCAAUCUGUAUCAUUUCUUCAAGAUUUUUCCAGUGAGGUACAAUGCAGGAGCAUGUAAGAUCAACAACGGGCCUGCUAUUCCUGUGGUGUAUGAUUUUGGAGAUGCUGAAAAAACCAAAAUGCUUUAUGGGCCUUAUCCAAGACGUGAAUUCGUUCCUGGCUACAUCACCUUCAGAGUGUUUAAUAAUGAGAGGGCAGCCAUGGCCAUCUGUUCUGGAGUCAAACCCACUGGGUGCAACUCUGAUGCAUACUGCAUUGGUGGUGGGGGAUUUUUUCCGGAGGGAAACCCACUCCAGUGUGGUGACUUCACAGCCUUUGCCUGGAGUGGCUAUGGAACUAAUGCAGGCUGGAGUAGCUCAAGGGAGAUGCUUGAAUCCUCGGUGCUGCUCUUCUACCGCUGAUGUUCUCCAAACAGACAGUGUGAUUAGAGUUCAAGUGUGGCACAUAUUUGUUUGUAAUCUUGUAUUUACUAUUUACUGUUUACUCUCACACUUUGACUGAAAGAAAGAAUAAUACGCAAGUGAGUGGUUGGAAUUAAACUAA